GUAAAUAACUCUGAAUUUUUGGAAUAAUUUACACACCUUGAUUAGGCUUCAACAAAAAGUUAAGAAAAUUGAGACAUAUAAACCUACCCCAGAAUAUAUUGAACCAAGUCAGAAGGAGUGCAAUCAACUGAUAGAAGCAAUGCUUAACUAUUUACGUGCAGCAAAGUUGCAAUACUGAGUCACACAUGAAAGAAAAUAAAACACUUUACUCAGUCACACAAAUCCUUGAGUUUGCUUCAAGAGUCCCAGAACUUCAACUUCUCAAGCUGUGAAAUGGUCUAUUUGGGAUGAUAUGUAUGGGAAGAGAUUGGAAACAAGCUAUUAAAUAUUUUGAGUCCAUGAGGACCCUUUGAGAACACCCUAGAGAAGUCAAAAUGAUCAUGAAUAUCUUGAAGAAUAUUGGAAUAUGAUACCAACACCUUAGAGAUUACCCUAAGGCAAUUGUAGCAUUCAAAUAAGGUUCUUCAGUACGCAUGGCUUCAUGAUAGCCUUGAGUGGGAAAUGCAAGCAUAUCAAAACCUUGCUACAAGUUAUUAUUACCUCAGAAAUCUAGAAAAAUGAAGAUAUUACCACACUUUAUCUAGCACUGGAUAUAUUGAAAGCAAAACUUCAUAUGUUAGGAAUCUUUGUGAAGAAAAUCUCAAGAAAAAGCUUGCUCAGAAAGAAAAGGAAAGAGAUCUUGACGAGAAAACCACGGAUCCUUCUUUGCUCAAGCUACCAAAAAGGAUAGAUGCCACACAUUACGACUCUCUUGGUGAUGAGUUCGACCCCAUUUCAAAAUUCUUUCAGGGGGUUAAGAAAAUAGCAGGAUACAAAGCUCUAUCCAAAGCUCUAGCCAUGGAAUCUACUAAGCUGAUCAAUAAGCUGGAGAAAAAUCUGAAACUAGGAGUUUCUGCACUGAAUCUUAAUAUGAAGAAGAAAAGUAUUAGUGAUACUGAGAGUGACGCAGUUAUAUUCAGCCCGAAAAGUUCAGAUAUCCUCCAAGGACUUAGCAUGCAGAGAAGAUCUACUUUAAUCAGCGCAAAAUCAUCAAGGAAGCUUCAAAAGAUAUUAAAACCAACCAUGCAGUUUUCUAAAAAGAUAGUUCUUGAGAUGGAGAAAAAUAAAACACAAAAAUUAGGCUUAACUAAGAAUGAUAGGAAGCUAUCUAUUUUAUCUCCUCGAUCACCAAAGAUAAAAUCAGCUCCUCAAAAAAUUGACUGGAGCAAUAAUGAGAAUAUUAAGAAGCAAUACAUUAGAGCAGACACCCCAGUUUCUCAAAUAGACCCGCAAGACUUACCUUCACCAAGGAUUAACCAAAAUGAAAAAGAAGAGAAAUCAGAUCAGCCUCAAAGCCGGAAGAUAAAUAAUUUCAAUAUUACUCACAUGGUUCAGCCUGAUGCAAAAUCUAGGAAUAGAAGUGGAAGCAGAAGAGCCAGGACUACAGCCCCUAAAAGCAGAAAUAAAUCAAUCAACAAGCAGUUCACCACUGUGAAUGGCAGGAAAGCAGCCAAGAAGACUACAAGCUUCGGGUUUUAUCUUAAUAAUCUGUUAGAGGCAGCUGACCAGAAUAGGCCUUCUACUAAAAAGAAACUUAUGAUGAACAAGGCAAGUUCAAUGAAGAAGUUACCCAAUUGGAAUACAGAUUAUCUAUCUGACCUUAAAGAGAAAUCAGAGAUCCGUCGUCAAAAUAACAUAAUUUCAGUGCUUGAGAAGCAAAAGGAAAAGUAUACCUUCCGAAACAUCCUUGAACGGUCAAAGAUGAUUGGAAAAGAGCCUAAAAUGGAAAUAUCCAUUGCUCACUUAUCACCAAGCAGGACCUCCAACAGGCUCUUAAACACCAUAAAACAAGCUAAUCAGACGAGAAUAAUCAGAGAAUUUGACAUACUAAAGGAAGAGCUUUACAAAGAGAAGAGGAUUGUUAAGGUCAAAUCUAGAGAGCUAAAGUAA